AUGGCUCCCAGGACGCCGCUAGGAUUAGGAUGCCUAGUGGAGGCCAUGGCCGCACUGCGAGUGUCCGCCAACCGCGUCUCCCCCGGCAAGUCCAUCUCGAGAUCAAUGGCCACCGAAGCACCCCUCCGAGGCCCGGCUCGAUCCGCGAGCACACAGUCCCUCGUCCAGUCCUGGAACCCAGUCUCGACCGUCCCCGUCACAAUCCAUGGCUUCCCGUCGCUCGAACCAACCUCCCUCGAGCAAUGGUCCGUCCAGCACCUCUACCUGCCCCUCCGGCGCGACAUCCUCCACCACGCCAUCACCUUCGAAGGCGACAACACGCGCCAGGGCACCGCCUCGAGCAAGACGCGCUACGAAGUCCACGGCUCCCACCGCAAAGUGCGGCCCCAAAAGGGCUCCGGCCGCGCCCGUCUGGGCACCAAGCAAAGCCCCGUCCUCCGCGGCGGCGGCAAGACCUUCGGCCCCAAGCCCCGCGACUUCGGGACCAAGCUCAACCGCAAAGUCUACGACAAGGCGUGGCGAACAGCUCUCAGCUACAGGUACAGGCGGGGCGAGCUGAUCAUCUGCGAGGACGGAAUGGAGCUCUCUCUGCCGGCGGACUUUGAAAUGCUCGCCGACAAGUACAUGAGGGACGGCCUGCGGGAGGCAUACCUGCGCAAAUACAUGACGGGCGUCCUCGACGCGCUGGGUCUGGGACGGGCGGACGGGCGGACACUCUUCAUCACCGGCGAUCCGAGGCAGAGGCUGUACGAGGCCAUGGAGCAGGUCCCGUGGGAGGGGCGGGCGCUCGACAUGGCCAGCGUGGACGUCAAGGACCUGCUGGAGACGGGCAAGGUCAUCAUGGAGAGGCGCGUCUUGAAGGAGAUGAUUGCGAGGCAUCAGAGCGACCUGGUCUCGCGCAUCAGCGUCGUCGGGCUGGCCAAGAGCGCCCCGCCCACCGGCGAGGUUGUGUUGUAA